GGUGACACUAUAUGUUGAUUUUAAAGUAAUCAAUUUUCGGAUCCACCCAAUUUUUAAGUGAAGUUUCAGUGCUCAGACUUUCUCUUGGAAUCAAAAUGACGUCAGGAUCAGCAUUUUUUGGUAUCAACCUCCGCCAGUUGGGCUCUCACUUCUCCUUCCUCUUCCUCAUCUUUGGCCUUUUCAUCUUCUUUAACGGUGUACCUGGGACGUCAGGAUUGAGGUGUUACCAAUGUGGCGAGUACAACGACGGAGUAGGAUCCAUCACGCCUUGCCUCAACUACACCGCCAACCACCUUAAAGAGUGCCCGUCUAGACUUUCUUUGAACUGCGUGAAAUACGUAAGCGAGGGGAGCACCGUUCGGGAUUGCGCUGCUGACUGCAACGAAAGGACACAAUCGUGGGGAACUAGGAUCUACUGCUGUCAAGAGGACGGCUGCAACUCAUCAUCGCGGUUCCAAUCGAGCUAUUUUCUAAUCGUCUCCGCUUUCGUCCUUUUAAUUUCGCUGCCUACUCAAUUUCACCGCUCUAGCAAAUAGAACAUGAUUUGAUCAAAGCUCCACAACUUCUUCUGUCUCGGAGAGCUGCUUUGAAACCACAUUAGUUUUUUACUCAACGCCAGCCCAUUCAAUGAGCUGAAAGUUAAAUCUCACUCAUUUCUUCCUUUUUAUAUUUAUAGAUGUUUCUUUCAAUAUUCGCACCACCCACCUUUAAAUGCGUGAAUUUUAGCUAACCUAAGCUUCACCUCCUGCGAAUGAAAUCACCGAGUCGGACAAUUUUUCGACAAGAGGGACGUUAAAUUGCAUAUAAAAAUUGAAGGAGCUCCCCUUUUAGAUGGCAAGAAUGCGGGGAGCAGAUAUUGAGCAAAUGUGACCCAAUUACCCUGAAAAAUUUGUGAAACGAGCGUUUUUACCAUACACCUUACAAUGCCAGAUGUUUUUCAAAUUUCCAUAAGGAUGGAGCAUUUUUACUAAUGAUGUCCUAUUAAAUGAGAGAGAGAAAAAAAACGUGAAAAAUGUCUAAAUCCCACGAAGAUUUGUAAAACUUAUCCCCUGAGAAGUGCUCUUGAGUUUUGAAUCAAUAAUUUUGAACAAUCAAAAGAGCAUACUUUUUAAUUAGUUAUAAUAACCAAAUAAUUUCUCACGCAAACUUGCACCACGUAGUUACAUGCGCUUCUCUCUAGCAAAGAAUCCCAUAAACCACUACAAUCGCAUGAGUGUCCAAAGAAGCCUUUGACCAAACAACGUUAACAAGAAUUACGAGCAUAAUUAUAAUUUCUGUUUCAUUAAAUAAACCUAUCACACGGGUCAAAAACUUCCUCCUUCCACAAGGUGAUGCUAAAAAUCCACGUAGCUAGGCAGUUCGAAGCAUCGCUCCGAGACCACCAUUACCAACACUGGAACGUUAAUAUUCUAAAGAAAUGUACUUUAUAUUGUUUUAUUUAACUACAUGUAUGUAUAUCUGAAUGUAUUAUCACUUUUGUUAAUGUCGUUCUUUUUUACUUGUAUUUAAAAGCUUCGACCGGGAAUUUUCACGACUUUGUCUUAAGUAUCAUCGUUUUGUUCUGUCGUAUUUUUCGAGUUGCUGUUUGUGAUUCUCUUGUUCUAUCGUUCCUCUGUAGGUUUUCGCCUUUAUAUGCAGGCUAAUGAAAAUUUGAAUCCGACUGUCCUCUGACUCCUCAUAGUCAGUGGCUGGCGUGCUUAGCGAUACAUCGAUAUUUCCCCAUUUGAAGCUGUUGUAAAUAAUCGAUUAUUAAGGUGUUCGCUGCGAACACCCUGUUAAUAGAUACUUUUCCGUAGUUUUAAAUGGCCGAUUAAUCGAUAAAUCGCAAAACACGCCACGCCACUGCUCAUAGUGCUCCUUUACACGUAUCUUCCCCCAACUUUGAGCAUAGAUUUUGUGGUACGGACUGUUCUGCCCUCGAAGAUCUCCGCUCAAAAAUUCUCCGACAUUCAACAAGGAUAAAAACCCACUAACCUACGAUGAUCCCAGUGUUACAAUCAAAAUUUUGAAAUUUUCGCUUCCAUUAAGUUAAGACAGGGCUGCCAUAGAAUUUAGAAAAUGAAAUUCCCUGAUAUUUCCCUGACACAUUUUGGUGAAAUUCCUUGACGAUUGAAGAUAUGCAAAUGGUUGAUAAGAUAAUAUUAGGAAUAGUUUUCAGACGAAAUGUUUUGUUCGAAACGUCAAAUUCAUUCCAGACAGCAAAUAAAGGUGACCCAACAAUUUUCCCUGACAUUUUCAGGUUUUCCCUGACUUUUUAAAAUUUCCUGACAUUCCCCGGUUUUUCCUGACUGUGGCAACCCUGUAAGAAAUUACAAUUUUGUAUUUGCACUCACCCUUCAUAUUUUCUGUAGAGGCAUAGAUACCCUAAAAUGCUAAAUGUCUCUAAUACAAGUAAAUUAACUGACUAACGAACUAUUUUGUCGAAGCUCUCCUCUGCGGGCUAAUUAUUGAAAUCGAUAGACAAAGCGAUAGACAUGUAGACAUAUGAUGUGGAGGAUCCUGUUGGUUGAAAUGGGUGGUUCUAAUGGACGAA